CUUCGUUCUAGAAGGAGAUUUGCGUUUGAUAGGAAGAAAAUGGUGGUUGAGCUUCGAGUUAUAAUUUUAUUGAAUUCUCAUGUCGUUUGCGUGUUUGUUGGGACGGUCCUCUUCUUCUUCUCGAAAACAAGUCAAAAGGAUCCGAAAGCGAAAUCAAAGGAAAACUUGCUCUUUCACAGCCGCCCUUCCCGCAUAAACUACCUAUUUUUCUGCUAAAUCUUCUCCCUACGUUAUGUCCUUUUCUCCCAUGCACUAAACAAAGCUGUGACCUUGAAUACCCACCUCUUUGACUAAAAUGGAAACCCUUCACCUCCCUUGUUUCAAUUCCAAUCUUAAAAUGCCUAUAUAUAUACCUUCAGUGCCGGUGACCAAUGUAAACAAGUUAAGCUGCUUCCUGCUCCGGUUCUCUAUAAAUUUUAAUCGAAGCUUUGCAGAAGGGCUUUGUAAUGGAGAACGUCGUUUUACCGUCGGUUUCGACACAGAGUUACAGCUACGCUUACAGUGACCAGCCUGUCUCAGACAUCCAGCCGAUGCAGAUGGACAGCAUAGUAUCAAAUGUUUACGGAAGCAGCAUUUGCACUGAGCCGGAAGUAUACAGUCACUUUAGCUGGCAAAAAUCUGGAGCCUUUGCCAUUCCUCCUCAAUCUCCCAUUUACCAUCGACCAGGAUCAUCGACGAUAAUGACAACCAAAAGACUAGAUUGCCCUUACCUAGGAGCAAGUAAUCUAAUGUCAGAAUUAAGCUGUGAUAGUAUUACACCUCACCGGCCAUUGUCUUUUUGCGAGAAGGUCUCGGUUCCACAAUGUGAAACUGAGCCAAUCAAACAGUGCAUCAUCUUUGACAACCCUAGCCAGGCCAGAAAUGAAAGAAAACGUCCAUUCGAGCUUGGUAAUGGGGGAUUGAAUGAGCUGGUUAACACUAAAGCUGCUCGGAGCGAGUUGACGACAAGCAAGAAGAAGUCUGCAGGCUUUGAAGAGCAAUGGGAUAAUCAAGUCAAGGAAGAAUCAAGGGAGAUCCAAAGACAGAGAGCGCCAGUUAGGAGAAGCCAGAAGCUCAGUCAGAAGGUCACUGCUCUUCAGAAACUGGUCUCUCCCUACGGCAAGGCUGACACAGCCUCGGUACUGCAAGAGGCAUCCAUUUCUAUCAAGGUACUUCAAGAUCAAAUUCAGAAAUUGUUUGGAACGUUGACUGCCUCAAACAGAAGCAGCAACUCUCUUGAUCUGCAGAGAUCGAAAAGUAGUCGAGUCGAUCUUCGAAGCAGGGGGCUUUGCCUUGUUCCAAUAUCAUUUACAGAGAAGUUGGCAUUUGACAAAUGAAAUCCAAGCUGGUUUUCAGCUUGCUCACUUAUGGAGAACUGCCAUACCGGGAAACAUAUAAUAGUAGUUACCAGAUAACAUCUUUUCUGUCUUCUUCUUCUUCUUCUUCUUCCAUCACUCAUUCACUCUCCUGUAACAAUCUCUAUAUCAAUCAAACCUAAUGACGAUGAAACCAUUACUUAGCAAAUGCUUGAUUUUAGGAUCUAAAAUUGUUUUACAGUACAAAAAUGUGAGAAAAAAAAAAAAAGUUAUACAUGUAACCAUAAUCAUGGAUGCUCAAG